AUGGAGAAAGGAACGACGACGAGUAAUACUUUGACGGCGACGCUUCCGGGGGUGGUCUCCUCCUCUUCAACAGCAAGCAGACGGCAACAACUCGCGAGACACAUCUUUGUCUGCGUCUCGGUGUGUGUUUUGUUCGUGCUCUUCGCGUCGAUGCGUUCGUUUAUUAAUGUUUCUACUUUUGGGGGUGGUGGUGAUUUGGACGACGAAGGACAACGAGUGAAUAACGAAGUUUGGGACGGUCCAGUGCCGGAACCGACAUACGAGGAAGGAAGGAGCGGUUUUAGUGAUGAUGAUGAAAAUGAUGAAAAUGGUGAGAGAAAGAGGAAAGAAAAAUCGGAUGACGACUUUGUGGAGUUUGAUACUUCUUUGAACGAGCGGGGAAAGUUUAAUCGAGACUCUCGAGUUGCUCUCAGAGGAGGAGAACAACAACAACAAGAGGCUAAGCAAUUAUUUACGAACGUACCACAGAACGUGUGUCCGGGGCAACCGACGAAGAAAGGCGUGCGGAACGGCGCGCCGGGGAAAAACAAAGGAUUAAUCGAACGCAAGUUGGAUAGAUUGGCCGGCGACGGCGACGAGUUACCGCCGGCGGUCGGGCCGGGUGGAGAUGAGUCCAAGUACGUCAACAUUAGCUGCGUGUACGUGACGGAAAAGUGCGCGAAUCCAACCACGGCGGGUGGACGAGGAAUCAUGCGACGUUUGAAAUUCAACGUCAACAGCGAAGAAGACACGAAGAAGUUUUUAAAGUUGGCGGAAAAUUUACCGUCAAUUACGGAAGGCGCGCUGGGAUCAUGCGCGAUCGUCGCUAAUAGCGAUAACUUGCUGAAAGGCAACCGAGGUGCGGAAAUCGACAUGCACGACACGGUUUUUAGACACAACACGCCGAUGAAAGGAUUCGCAAAAGCCAUCGGAACGAAAACUACGUUUACAAUUGUGAAGUCAAACUACGCGGGCGGUGGUGGCGGCGCCGGUAAAGCGCAAGGCAAAGGCGACAGCAAACCAGAACUCGCGUACAUGCUUCUCAAAAACAUCGAUUUAGUCCCAAAAUCUUUAAAAGUAGAAGGAAGGAAAGUAUUUUUACGCAUGGGCGGCGCGCAUCCCAUCGCGCGUUUACGAAGAGAACUCUACCAACUCUCCGGCACGCCGAGUAAAAUGCACCCGACUGGUGGUUGGGCGAGACCAUUGAACUUAUUAGCCAGUCGCUUGUGCGAGCGAAUAGACGUGUACGGAUUUAGUGGGAAUAACCGAGGCGGGAAGUAUUUCGCCCGGAAAUUAGAAGUUCGACCGGCGCAUAACAUGCCGUUCGAACACUGGACCAUGCGGUAUUUAAUGAGUAAAGGGAAGUUGUGCGUUUAUGGCGAGUAG